GUUAAGGGCAUAUAUUGAGAGGGGGCCUGACGUCAGUCAAAUAACUGAAGACCGCACUGAUUUGACAACACAGACUGUGACUCUUCACACGUUACUUUUCACCAUGGAAAAUCUGGAGUUCGACCUUUUGUAUGACGUGUCUGAAAACAGCACGGACAACAUCUCAGAGGGAUCUGGUGAAUUUGACCUGGAGAUGCAGGAGCCCUGUGAAAGAGCUCUGAGCUCCAACUUCAACAAGAUCUUCCUGCCCACAGUUUAUGGAAUAAUAUUUGUCCUGGGAAUCAUUGGAAAUGGAUUAGUGGUGGUGGUGAUGGGCUACCAGAAAAAGGUGAAAACCAUGACGGACAAGUACCGCCUCCAUCUGUCCGUGGCCGAUCUCCUCUUCGUCCUCACGCUGCCGUUCUGGGCCGUGGACGCGGCCAAGUCCUGGUUCUUUGGCAGUUUCUUGUGCGUGUCGGUGCACAUGAUCUACACGGUCAACCUGUACAGCAGCGUGUUGAUCCUGGCCUUCAUCAGUCUGGACCGGUACUUGGCUGUAGUGCGGGCCACUAACAGCCAGGCCACAAGAAAGCUGCUGGCGAGCAGGGUGAUCUACGUGGGAGUGUGGCUGCCGGCCAUGAUGCUCACCGUGCCCGACAUGGUCUUUGCCCGAGUUCUUAACACGGGCUCUUCCAACAUACUCCUCACAGAUGACUCCAUGGAGACCGCCGACUCCAGGACCAUCUGCCAGCGCAUCUACCCGCAGGAAAGCAGCCUGACCUGGACAGUUGUUUUCCGUUUUCAGCACAUCCUGGUGGGCUUCAUACUCCCCGGGCUGGUCAUCCUCAUCUGCUACUGCAUCAUUAUAUCCAGGCUGUCGCAGGGGGCCAAGGGCCAGGCGCUGAAGAAGAGAGCCCUGAAAACCACCGUCAUCCUCAUCCUGUGCUUCUUCUCCUGCUGGCUGCCGUACUGCGUCGGCAUCUUUCUGGACACUCUCAUGAUGCUGAAUGUGGUCACCACCACGUGUGAGCUGCAAAAGGCGGUGGAGACGUGGAUUUCUAUCACGGAGGCGCUGGCGUAUUUCCACUGCUGCCUGAACCCCAUCCUGUACGCCUUCCUGGGAGUAAAGUUCAAGAAGACGGCCAGGACAGCCCUGACCGUCAACAGCAGAUCCAGUCAAAAAGCCACUCUCAUGACUAAAAAGCGAGGGCCAAUUUCAUCUGUGUCCACCGAGUCUGAGUCUUCAAGUGUUCUGUCCAGUUAACGUUGGUCCAACAGCCGUGACUCCAGAACCAAAAAGAAAAGAAAAACUAAGCUUUCAUUUUUAAAUGACUUACUACGACGUGUACAGAUGUAAAACAGAUUUUUAUACAUUUGCAUUUGUUUGCUUUUCUUGUAGUGUUGUUGGAAUUCAAAUGUAUGUUUCCUGUCCAAACAAUUCAACGGUUCCAUUAUUUCUGCUUUAAACCCAGGUCCAUUUGACCUUUUUUUUUUUCCUCUUUAUUUUUUUAUAUAUAUGUAAAUGUUGCUUCUUCAAAAGCUCAGGCAUAAGAUGCCCCUUUCUCUUCAGGGAUGGUAGCUGCUCCUACGAUCUGUAAAUAGUUUGUAGCAUUUGUGUACGCACUUAUGUUGUGUGACUUUUUUAAUUUAUUGCUCUUGUUCACACUGGAACUUUUGUAAAAAAAAAAAAGAAACUAGUUGCUGUGGUUUUUUGUAAUGUAAAAUAAAGAAAUUUGAUGCUUCUCAUAA